AUGUCGGAAACACGGAAUCGUUUUGAACUUCUGGACAAACCAACUGUGAUUUCACAGUUUAAGUACUCAAAUAACAUCACGUCAAUCCAUCCUACAGAAGAUGGACACGCCUGGAUAUCGGACAGCCAGUCCAAGACAAUCGUUCUUGUGGAUAACAAAGGCACCGUGAAACGGAGGGUGAGUCAUCGAAACAGUGUAGCGGACAUUAGUAUAGCACUCCAUACAAACCAUCUCUGGUUCUGUUGUUUGAAUGAUAAAACGGUUUACGAAGUGCCUACUACAUCAGAUGAGCCUUUCAAACGGUUCAAGACUGACGAUGAACCUUUUUAUCUGUGUGUCACAAAGGAAGGGAAUAUCGUUGUAGGUUCAGAGUUCAAGGUUACGAUUUAUGAUGAGAAUGGCGUGGUGCUUCAUCAGACAACGCGUGACGUCUCGGGGAUCGUUUCACCUGCAUCUAUUGCCCAGUGUCCAGUGACAGGGAACAUAGCCGUCGUGAAUGGAGAGCCCACUGGGAGUGAUACGGAUAGCAUUAACAGCUGGAGAAGUCACAUUAUAGUGUUUGAUAAAACUCUUGGUGUUAUGUUUCAAUACAGGGGAGAAGGAAUAAAAGACCAGGAGCCCACAGCGACAGAUUUAUUUGGUCCUAAUUCAAUUUCUUAUGACUCUUUUGGGAACUUGGCAAUUGCUGAUUAUAAGACCUAUACAGUGGAAUUAAUCAGUGGAACAGGACAGUUCAUCCGCACAUUAAACAGAAACAGUCGCGAGCAGGGAUCCAUCGGUAUAGGCACUGGGAACGUGUUGUGGACAGAGCUUGAGUCGGACUCUGGAGACUGGAUUAUACAACUUAUGGAGUAUUACAAGGACUAA